CAGGAAUAAAGUGCUGGAUGUGAAAUUUCUAUGUUCUUCAACAAAUAGCCCGGAGGAAUCGUUAGAUUUCUAUUUUCAGAUUACGAAUGUCAAUGAUAAUCCUCCAAAAUUCCCUAACACAGUUAUGGAUGUUGAAAUUGGAGAGCUGUUUCCAAUUGGACCUUGGAUUACUGUUUCGGCCAACGACGCUGAUGGAGACCCCAUUGCUUACAGUUUGAACCCAAAGUCGAGUGGAGCUGACUAUUUCAUUUUAAAAAAUGUGAAUAACGCUGAAAUCAGCCUGAACAAAGCACUAGACUACGAAGAGGUUAAGAACUUGCAGCUGAUCUUGCAAGCGGAGGAUCAAGGUAACCCUCCACUAAAAGAGACAGCCACAGUGACAAUCAACAUUAGGGUGUUAGACAUUGAUAACAAGCCUCCAAGCUUCCAGCCAUGCAAGUUUCCUUCAAAGAACAUCUGCGUCAAUGCAGUUUAUAGUGGAGAUGUCACCAUAAAGAAGCCAGAGACUGGCCCACUGACACUGACGCCUGGACCUCUUUAUGCUCUUGACGGCGACAAAGUACUUAAUGAACCCAUCGUAUACGAGAUCAUAGAUGGAGACCAGAACAACCAUUUUAAAAUUGAUGCAACUAGUGGAAACAUAACAUUGGUCAACGUCAUUGACACCUUAGACCCAGUUGUACUAACAGUCAUGGCUUCCCAGCAGAAUGAUAAAUAUAAGUACACGACAACCACUGUUACCAUCAAAGUCUUGGAAGUAAAUCACAAUAAACCUACGUUUGCAACACAACCGUACACUGGAAUUGUAAUGCUGAACUCAGAGGUUGACAGCAUUGUGGUGGAGAAAGGGACGAAGCCUUUGAUCGUUCAAGCUGAGGAUGCAGACUUUCCCGCGUUUUUCAAUCCUUCCAUAACGUAUGAGAUUAAACCCAGUGACAAAUUCAAAAUAACCAGAGAUGGGUUUAUCUUUACAAAGGUGGUGCUCUCCAAUCCAGGUGAACUGAUUAAACUCAAGAUAAUUGCUCUGGAUGAGACAUCCAAAGAAACUGCUGAAUGCGAUCUCGAGGUGCAGGUUAGCAACGCUGAUGCCACAACUGUGAGACCGACCACAGGCACUGGACCAACAAAACCAACCAAUCAGCCUCCAGGUACUGGGCCAGCAAAACCAACCAAUCAGCCUCCAGGUACUGGGCCAGCAAAACCAACCAAUCAGCCUCCAGGUACAGGGCCAGCAAAACCAACCAAUCAGCCUCCAGGUACUGGGCCAGCAAAACCAACCAAUCAGCCUCCAGGUACAGGGCCAGCAAAACCAACCAAUCAGCCUCCAGGUACAGGGCCAGCAAAACCAACCAAUCAGCCUCCAGGUACAGGGCCAGCAAAACCAACCAAUCAGCCUCCAGGUACUGGGCCAGCAAAACCAACCAAUCAGCCUCCAGGUACAGGACCCACUACUGCUAAAGCACCAAUAGUAUCUCCAGGAUCCAGCUCACCAAAGCCCCCAGCACCUGGAUCUACUUCAGCAACAACGACAGCAACAACUACAGUCUCUGGUGGAUCACGGCCAACAAAGCCCCCCACUCAACCUCCGGGUCCUGAGCCUACCCACACUGGGUCAACGACCUUGCCACAGGCCUCUUCACCUGCAAUUAAACCCACAGGGGCUCAAAGUAGCACUACCAAGUCACCUGGAUCUGCGGGUUCCACCACAGUAAAGUCCCCAGGUCCCGGGCCUGGUCCUGGUACUGAACCUGUCACAGGUAGGACUACGAGCUCCAGUGGCCCGACGUACCACCCACCAUCUCCAGGAGUCACUCCGGACUCAACAGCUAAGCCAGGGCCACCCGAUGGGACAGCAACUGGAUCACCAAGUUCUUAUCCAACUGUUGACCCGUCGCUGGUAUAUGGAGUAAAGGACAUGGUGGCUCUGGGCGUCCCCUUGGCAAUACUGUUGCUUAUUGCCCUUAUUGUCAUUGCAAUCCUUCUACGCAAAAUCUCAAAAGGUAAAAUGGAGUGGAAGCGGAUCAGGAAACUUUCUGUCGCCAAGAGAAAUGCUUUUGGUGGAAGUUCAAACUCCACGAAACCCAAUGGACUGCAGUUUGUGAAUGAAGGGUACUUAGAAGAUGAUAAGCCAAGUGGAUUGGAAAAGGGAAUUCUGAAGUCUAGUUGGACACCAACUACUAAUGAGGCAUCAAUCACGGCCCUGGCUGCUGCCCUGGAACCCAAGUUAGAGGCCAGCGUUCCAACUAAAGCCUCGGAGAAAAGCAAACCCCAAAACAACAACAGUGAAGACAAUGAAGGUGACGGUGACAAAGAGGUCAAAUCCAUCCUCACCAAAGAAAGGAAGUCAGAUGAAGGCUACAAGGCCGUGUGGUUCAGGGAAGACAUCGAUCCAGAGGCAAAGGAAGAGCGUGUUAUAGAGACAGGUGAUGAUGAUGACGCAGAGGAAAUGGAGGAAGACAAGCCUGGUAGAAAUAGGGGGGUGUCAUUUGCACCAGAGGAUGACAAUGACGAACAAUCCUAUCAACUCUAAAGAGAUUUAAAAGACUGAAACCAACAAGUAGAAAUCAGAAAUCACUGUUUAUAUUUUAUGAAAGAAACGGACACAUGCUUUGAGCUAUCUUUCCACUGGGAUCAGGAGUACCUACCUACCUGUUUGCCGAGUGUGUGUGUGUGUGCGCGUGCGUAUGUCUGCCCACAGCUGUGAUUUGCUGCUACAUGUCAUAUUGAUCUACAAUCACUUUGAAGUUGGUUUUAAAGAUAUGCCCAUUUUCAUUGAAAAAUAACUUUCAAAUGUUAUAAUAAUAAUAAUAAUUGCAUUUGUAAGCACCUUACCACUUCCCUGAGAUGCCUCAAAAUGCUUCACAGAAUAUACUGUAAAGUGUACUGUGUAUUUUGAAGGCAAAAUGCGGCAAACUUAUUUACCACUAGCCAAGUCCACAUUGCCCCUAAACAACCGUACAAACCGAAUCCAAAAGCCAUCUGGAAUCUUUCGAAACCAGAUUUCCUUCUUAAAUACUUCUAAAGGUUGGAGUAAGGAUUAGCGGCUGUUUACAUCAAGGCUGGUUUGCGUGGACAUUUCUACAACCAUACGUGAUGAUGAAGAAAGUCUAACCCCAAUGCACAAUGUUUCUAUCAAUUGAUUUUAAGGUAACUGUAUCCCACUUCUGUUCUGUAAUGCACUUGCCCCAAAAUGUGAAUGCUUCAAAGGUGAUUAUAUGCAUAUUAACGCAGUCUAAUUUGCAGUAUUUCUUAUGAAGGAAUUAGAGUUGGGCACAUGUGGUCUCCUGGCCUUGUCCAUGGCUGAUCUGUAACUCAGUCCCAUUUGCCUGCCUUUUCUGCUAACCCUUUGAUACCCUUGCAAGCCAGGUACAUGUCUAUUUGUCUACAAGUGGUUGUCUGCUUCACGCUUAAAUAUUUCCAAGGACUCUGCAUUAUCAGUCUCAAUUUCAAUAGCCUACAACUCUCUCAGUAAAUAAAUGUCCUCUGAUUUCGCUGCUAAGGAGUCUAGCUCUCGUUUUUCAGAUUAGAUUGGCUCUUUUUUUAUAUCAAGUGGACAACCGGCCAAAAUCCCAAUAUGCUCCUUGCCACUAACCCACGAGGACAUUCAAACCAAAGUCCAAACGACUGUAAUUUCAUUUGAUUCCUAAGAUAUUCCUUUAGUUUGCUCCCAAUUCACGAACACUUAAUGGGAGGUAUCAUUCAAAGGGAACUGGUGCUUGAAAUCCAGUGAAUAACAGUGUCCGAUAAACCCAAAAUAUUUUAUAAUAGGAACAGUUCCUUUAACCCGGAAAGGGUUACCAGUUGGAAGCAUCAAGAAAGAAUCCUUGUUCUUUAAAGCACAGUAAGAUGCUAAGCUAAAUGGAUCUGCCACCGGGAGAAUGGAACUGGUCCUUUCAAACCCAACUUCCAGGUGCACAACUAAAACCUGUGGUCAUUAGGUUUUGUUCUUCGUUCUCUUUAAAAUUGAAGCUGAUUUUCGACCGUUACUAAGCAUUCAGCUGCCUGUUAUUAAUGAUUAUGUUUUUGAAGACAGUGUGCAAUAGAAUGAUCGUGUUUGACACGUCUGCUUCUGAAGUAAUAAAUUCAUGUGUGACACUA